UGCUAAUGUUGAAAAAAAAAAAAAAAAGAGCUGAGUAAUGCUGGAGCCUUCUCAUGUGGCUGAUGCAAACCUGGAGAAUUUGCAUCAUCAUUAAGCUGGAAUAAGUUGGUGUGACAGGCAGGAGCUUAAAUACCAGCCCAUGAGGAAGCGAGCGGUCUGUAAGGCUAGGGCAGCAGCAGCAGCAGCUCAGCAGCAGAGCUAGUGGGAGGUAGGGGAGGAGCGGGAGCACCAUGAGCACACAGGUGUUUCUGAGCAGUAAUUAGAUAGCUGGGAGGGAGCAAAGUACCCCCUUGGAGUCCUUACCUGUGCACCCAGUAGCACUGAGACAGACAACCUGCAAGCAGAGAGGAAGAGCUUUGGGUCAGUCCCCCCAAGAGCCACCAAAGGUGAAAGUUUGGGGGGGCUGUUUAUUUUUUCCCCUCUGUUUCACUCUUCCCUGAGUGUCACUACCAUGGUCAGGAAGCCUGUGGUGUCCACCAUCUCCAGUGGAGGUUACCUGCAGGGGAAUGUUAAUGGGAAGCUGCCAUCCUUGGGUGGCAAGGAGCCCCCCGGGCAGGAGAAAGUGGUGCUGAAGAAGAAGAUCACUUUGCUGAGGGGCAUCUCCAUCAUCAUUGGCACCAUCAUUGGAGCAGGAAUCUUCAUCUCUCCUAAGGGCGUGCUCCAGAACACGGGCAGCGUGGGCAUGUCUCUGGUGAUCUGGACAGUCUGUGGGGUCCUGUCCCUGUUUGGAGCCUUGUCUUAUGCUGAAUUGGGAACAACUAUAAAGAAAUCUGGUGGUCAUUAUACAUAUAUUCUGGAAGUGUUUGGCCCAUUGCCAGCUUUUGUACGAGUCUGGGUGGAACUGCUCAUAAUACGCCCUGCAGCCACUGCUGUGAUUUCUCUGGCAUUUGGACGCUAUAUUCUGGAACCAUUUUUUAUUCAAUGUGAAAUUCCUGAACUUGCAAUCAAGCUCAUUACAGCUGUGGGCAUAACUGUAGUGAUGGUCCUCAACAGCAUGAGUGUCAGCUGGAGCGCCCGGAUCCAGAUUUUCCUAACCUUUUGCAAGCUCACAGCAAUUCUGAUAAUUAUAGUGCCUGGAGUUAUGCAGCUAAUUAAAGGGCAAACACAACACUUUAAAGAUGCUUUCUCAGGAAGAGGUGCGAAUAUUAUGGGGUUGCCACUAGCUUUUUAUUAUGGAAUGUAUGCAUACGCUGGCUGGUUCUAUCUCAACUUUGUUACUGAAGAAGUGGAGAAUCCUGAAAAAACCAUCCCCCUUGCAAUAUGUAUAUCCAUGGCCAUCGUCACCAUUGGCUACGUGCUAACAAAUGUGGCCUACUUUACGACCAUUAGUGCCGAGGAACUGUUGCUUUCAAAUGCAGUGGCGGUGACCUUUUCUGAGCGGCUCCUGGGAAAUUUCUCAUUAGCAGUCCCGAUCUUUGUUGCCCUCUCCUGCUUUGGCUCCAUGAAUGGUGGUGUGUUUGCUGUCUCCAGGUUAUUCUAUGUUGCGUCUCGAGAGGGUCAACUUCCAGAAAUCCUCUCCAUGAUUCAUGUCCGCAAGCACACUCCUCUGCCAGCUGUUAUUGUUUUGCACCCUUUGACGAUGAUAAUGCUCUUCUCUGGGGACCUCUACAGUCUUUUGAAUUUCCUCAGUUUUGCCAGGUGGCUUUUUAUUGGGCUGGCAGUUGCUGGGCUGAUUUAUCUUCGAUACAAACGCCCAGAUAUGCAUCGUCCUUUCAAGGUGCCGCUGUUCAUCCCAGCCUUGUUUUCCUUCACGUGUCUCUUCAUGGUUGCCCUUUCCCUGUAUUCGGACCCAUUUAGUACAGGGAUUGGCUUCAUCAUUACUCUGACGGGGGUCCCUGCAUACUAUCUCUUUAUUAUCUGGGACAAGAAACCCAAGUGGUUUAGAAGACUGUCAGACAAAAUAACCAGAACAUUACAAAUAAUACUGGAAGUUGUACCAGAAGAAGAUUGUGAUAAAUUAUGAAUUAAUGCAUUUGAAAUCUUGGUGAUCUAUGCAUGGCCUUGUUUCUGUCCAAAAGGCUAAAACAAAAUGUGGAUCUUCAUUUCAUGAAAAUCUAGAGGAUUGCAACUUUGGUGAUGGACUAAAGGAAUCUGUUAUUGCUAUUCAUAUCUUUUAGUGUAUUCAAGCUGGUUUCUAAGAACUUUAGUUCUAACUCCAUGUAGUUACUGAAAGCUGAUAUGCAAGCAUUCCAUGGGUUCACAUGAUUUUGGAAUCCCUGAUACCUACAUGAAGUUGGAAGAAAAUGACUACAGAAUGAACUAUUACUUUAGUGGCCUUUAUAACACAUUUUAUCAUGAACACUGAGAUGUUUUCUGUAUAUAUGGCUUUUAUAGAAACAAUUUUUAUAUGCUGUAGAUGACUAUACUGUGAAAAGUGUUUUCUACUCUUCGGUGGGGGGGAAGCAUACGUCACCAUUAUAGACUGAGGAGGGAAAGAAAUUUAUUUUAUGUUGUCAUUGCAUUGCUUCCCCUUAGAUACCAACUUAGAUGUCACUCAUCUUUUAAUGCAUAUAGCUAGAGCAUUUUGAACAAAAGACAGAAGGGAUAGGCCUAAUUUUAAGAAAUAUAUUAAAGAAGAGCUUCUAGAGGCUAUUGUUUAUGAGAAAAAUCCAGGAAUUAUGUCUAAAAAUUCUUGAUAAUUCAUUACAUUAAGAUUUUUUUCACUCAUUAUCAUUUCACUCCAAGGUUAUGGGCCACUUUGUUUUCAUGGCAGCCCAUUUGACUAGGAAAGGAUGUAUCAUCUUUCUAAGAGCAAAACAAUACUUCAGUUUGGUAUUAAGCCUUUUAAGUACAAUUACAGAUAAUUUACCUCCUUGAUAAUAUAUCUAAAUAUAUGCAUUUUUAAAUCUUCAAAUUGCAAUGUUCAUAUAAGACAGAAGUCAACAAGAGAGAAAAUACGCAAAAUAUUAUGCCCGAUCCUAUAAUCAUAUCUAUAUGCAGUGUUAGUAAUCAGGAAUAAUUUUUUAAUAUCAUAAGUUAUUUUUACGUCAUGACAAAUUUUGAUAGUUUGUAUGUUUUCUUUAUAUAUUUUAUAUUCUGUUAAAGUAUCCCUUCAAAUGAAACUGUCCAGAUUAAUUAGGAAAAGGCAUAUAUUUACAGAAAAAAAUUGAGGAAGAAAUGUCACUGCUAAAUAAGAUUUACAACGAGUAUUUCUAAAAAUUUUCCACUUCUUUAUCUCAGCUUUGUCAGUAGUUUCCUUACCUUAAUUAUCAUUCAACUUGAGAAAGAGAUAACUGAUAACAAAUUCAUCAAAAGGAGAAACUGUAUGUAUAUGUAUUCAGACAGAUGUUUUUAUGGUAGGUUUAGAAAAUAUUGUGGAAUUUUGAAUGUAAUAUAAUGAUGGAAUGUGUAAACUGUUAUUUACAUACCUCCAAGAUUAAAUAGACUGUUUCAUCCCCUGAUUUUAAAAGUAACAAGUUUUUAAGGAAUUUUACUUAUUAAAAUCAUUAAGAGCUGAUAGUCCAUAGACAACUGACCAAAACAGAAAUGAUGAUUUAUAAUUUGAGGCAAUUCCAAUUCACUAAUUUCAGUUUUUUUUUAAUUUCAGUUUUUGAUCUUGAUAAUAUUUAAUACGCAUCCAAGAUUGACAUUUUUUUCAGUCAAACCUAGUAUUUGGGUCUCUAAGUGAAUUCAUAAAAAUUCUUUCCUUUUUCUCUUACCAUACGGUUUUCAAAUUUGAUCUGUAGACUCUGCUUCUUCUAUCCAUUUGUCUACAUCUCUUGCCACUCUAUUGUUGCUGAGGUAAAAAUAGAUUGUCCUUAUGUUGUUUUUUUUUUCUACAGUCUAAGCCCAUGUAAUAUAAACCAGCUAACUCUUCUUGAGGUUUUUCGUGGGUUUUGUUUUUGUUUCGUUUUUU